CGCCUAAUGUGUACUCAGUGGGCGUGCCCUCGGCUCUCGCAGGCCGGAUGUUGAUGGGCGGGGCCGCAGACUGUCACCGGCAAGAUGGCGCAGCGCAGGGAGACACACGGGGAAGAUUCGGAUGACGCUCCAGAACUGGAUGACUGUGAGGAUGAAUACGGGGAUGACGCCGCCUGGGAUGACGAUGACUCGGGACUGCAGCAAGACGUGCGCUGCCUCUUCUGUGAGAGGAUUUUCCAUUCCCCAGAGGAGACUUUCCGUCAUUGCCAGGAGCUUCAUCACUUCAACAUCGGGCAGUUCAUGUCCGCACACGGUCUGGACUUCUACGGCUACAUAAAGUUCAUUAAUUUCGUCCGAUCCGUGAACUGUACAGCCGACAGUCUGCAGAACAUCGGCAGCGCGAAGCCUUGGGAUCGGGACGAGUUCUUCAAGCCGGUGGUUGAGGAUGACUUGCUGUUGCAGUACGAUGUGGAGAACAUGGACUGUGACAGCGGCGGGGCUCCGGACACAAACGCCGAACCCUCCGCACACCUCCGACUCCGGGAGGCCGAGAGCCGGGCGCAGGCAGCCGAGGAGAGAUUGGCCAACGCUCUGGAAGAGCUUCAGAAAAUGAGAGAACUUGCGCAGGAUUUUGUGAUGAACGCAGAUGUCGGAUGUGGUUCUUCUUCUUCCUCCGGGGCCAUCGCCGAUCUGGAUGAGAGCGAGGACUCCGCCUACUUCAGCUCCUACGGGCACUUCUCCAUACACGAGGAGAUGUUAAAGGACGCGGUCCGCACAGAGAGCUACAGGAACUUCAUCUACCAGAAUGGGGACAUCUUCAAGGACAAGGUGGUCCUGGAUGUCGGAUGCGGCACGGGGAUCCUAUCCAUGUUCGCGGCGAAGGCCGGCGCCAAGAAAGUGAUCGGCGUGGACCAGUCGGAAAUCCUCUACCAGGCCAUGGACAUUAUCCGGCUGAAUAAGUUGGAAGAUCGGAUCUCGCUGAUUAAAGGGCGGAUUGAGGAAAUUGAUUUGCCGGUGGAGAAGGUGGAUAUCAUUAUUUCGGAAUGGAUGGGCUACUUCCUCCUGUUCGAGUCCAUGCUGGAUUCCGUUAUUUAUGCCAGAGACAAGUUCCUGGCGCCCGGCGGAUCAG